AUGUAUGAAAAAUAUUCCUCAAUUAACGUAAGAGAGUCUAUGCAAAUGAAUUAUGGACCCUUUACAUGGGUAAGCAUAAUGAAAUCAGAUCCCAUAUUAUCCUCACUUGAACAAUACGUGUUGAGAAAUUUUUUUGAUUUGCAAAAAGUAAAUUCGAAAAGCUUUUCAGAAAAAACUCAAAGUGGACAACUACCAAAAGAUUUGAAACACAUCAUUCAUUUAGAUGAAGAAAGUUAUUCAAGCAGAACUCUAAUUUCAGACAUAGAAAAUUGUUCAUCAAAGGAGUUUUCUAGAGAGCUUAAUAAUGCAUUACCUCUGUACGAAAUAACUUGGAAUUUAAUAAAUAUAUUUUUUACGAAUAUAUAUCCUUUAUUGCCCAUAAUUGACGAAUUACAAUUCAAAAAGGAUAUUGGGAGAAUACUUAAGAGAGAAGAAGAAACAAGUACUACAAAAUGGCAAAUAAAAAUUGAAAAGAACACUGAUAUUGCUGUUAUCGGUAUUUUGUUGAUAUUGAUGAGAUUAUCUUUUUCUUUUCAAUAUGAGGCAUCACCUUUAAAAUGUUUUAGGGGUGUUAUUGAUGGAAAAAUACCUCAGUGGAUAAACGAAGAAGAAGUACUAAAGUCUUAUAAGCAUAUAAUUCUAGCAAAAAAAUGCCUCAGCUAUUUCAUUACAAGCAGGAAAACUACUAUCGAAGUUCUUCAACUUCAAAUGGUGUACAAAUUCUACCUUAGAUAUUCUCCUGAAAACUCUGGUGGAAUGGAUGAGUAUGAUACAGAGCUUUCGCUAGCGUCAAUAAUUCAAUUGGCCAUAUCUUUAGGAGUCAAUAGAGAGCCUACUCUAAUCUCUAACUUUAAGGAUUAUAAGGACUAUUGUCAUUUGAUCCGUAAGCUAUGGUACAUUUUGAUAAUUUGGGACAUACAUGAAACAUGUGUAUCUGGUGGGUUUUUUAUUAUUGAUUCUAGUCAAUAUGACGUUAAAUUUCCUACAUUCUUUAAUGAUGCAACCAAUAUAAUGGAUAUAAAUCUUGAGAAGUACUCAGUGAAUAUUUUAGAAUUACUUUGGCUGCAAUUAUUCCCCCUAAAAGAUAUUCUUAUGUUAUUGGUAGAUAUCCGAGUUAAAUCUAGUGUGGAAGACAUUCUAGUUAUUAUAUCCGAAAUUGAGUCCUCGUACUUGUAUUCUCCAUUGGCUAUUAAUUCAGAAGUUGAUAAACUGGGUAUUAUACCCAAUGUCGCUUUGACCAGAAGUAUUAAAACGAUGAUUUAUUUUGACAUAAAAUCAUGCUUAAUGUGUAUAAUCUAUUUAUUGUUUCUACAUUGUGAAGAAGCAAAAUCUAAAAGGAUGUGCCAUGUUUUUAUGAAGAAGACAUUAUCAAUUAUCAUAUUUGAUCUAAUUGUGAACUUCUACGGCAUUAUUUUCUCCGAUAGUUUAGUAAGCUUUAUUGUUAUUCCAAGUAUUGAAAGCUCGAUUCAAAGGAUAAACAUUAUAUUGUUGUCAUUUAUUAUUCGAGUAAAAUAUUCGAGAUCGGAGAGUAAUAUUACUGGAAAUGAAUAUGAAAAAGGUAUCAGUAGUUUUUAUUUUUUCAAUAUCUUACUGGAUUGUUUGUCUCUAUGUAUAUCUUUGGGAUCAUUAUUAUCAUCUUGGUAUUGCUAUUCAUUACAGAUUGUUAAAGCUCAUAGGUAUCUAUAUAAUCUGAUUUUUGGUACUGGAUUUUCAUCAAAUAUGAGCGUUGAUUAUUUUCGGAUUGAUUCUUCACAGGCAGAAUUGUAUUUUUCACUUUGCGAGGAUGGUAUAAAACAAGUUAAGAGCAUGUUGCCUGAUAUUUUAUGUUCCAAUAUUGAUAUCUUCAAUGGGAGUUAUUUGAUUAAUGAAGAACAGAGGGUUGAAAAUGACAUAUUAAGGAGUGCAUUAAUAAAGUAUUAUAGAGCCAACACGAAUUUUGGAGUAAUUGGACCAGAUUCAAGUCAUUAUAAAGGAGGAUUUAGGUAUGAGUUCAGUGAUACUAUUAUUCCUAAACAUUGGAUAGAUAUGGAGAACUAUCCGAGACCAUUGAAGGCUUUUUCUUUCUCAGAUGAAAAUUUCGGCAUUAGGCUGGAGUUUUUGGAUCAUUUACAAAACCCCAGUGGAAACUUUGAUUUUAAUUUUGACGAUAUCUUUUAUAAUUUGCAAAAUUUCGAAUAA